UGGUGUAUGGAGACAGGCAGCGCUCAGUACAAGCCCGCUCCAUGCACAGAGAACUCUGGAGACACCUGCCCACACACGCAGACCUGCGCUGGGCACAGGUACACCAAACGUGGUAGCUACAAUGGGAGUUCUAUUGUGAAGCGACCACGUGUCUUAAUUGUGUCUUCUACACCUGUUCUGUUUCUUAAAAUACCGCAUCUUCGAUGCAAGUGUGACCCUCAUGCAAUGCGUCUACACCAGGAACUCAAAGUGCUGUAUAUUAAAUAAACUUCACGCUGCCCUGUGCUGUAGCCCCCUGUGUUGUUGGUGAAUGAGCAUUUAAGAUGUCACUGAGCCGUGAAAGAAGAAUAAAUACCUCAACGCUGGAGAAAGUUGCAGCAGACAUGAGCAAUUUAAUAGAGAACCUGGACACCAGGGAGCUCCACUUUGAGGGGGACGAGGUGGAUGCUGACAUGUUGAAUGAUCCGAAAACAACUGUGGGCAUCCCAUUCUCUGCAAUUUAUAACACUCAAGGGUUCAAAGAACCUCAUAUACAGACAUAUCUAACCGGAUGUCCGAUUAAAGUCCGAGUUCUGGAAGUAGAACGCUUUACCUCAACAAAAAAGGUACCAAGUCCAAAUGUUUACACUGUUGAGUUCACACAUGGGGACUUUACAUGGCAAGUGAAAAGGAAAUUCAAGAACUUUCAAGAAUUCCACAGGGAACUGCUGAGAUACAAAGCCUUCAUACGAAUUCCUAUCCCUACAAGGAGUCACACAGUUAGAAGACAGACUAUCAAAAGGGGAGAAGCGAGGCAGAUGCCGAGUCUGCCACGCACGUCUGAGAACAUGGUCCGAGAAGAACAUUUUUCUAGUAGAAGAAAACAACUGGAAGACUACUUGACAAAGAUCUUAAAAAUGCCCAUGUACAGGAACUACCAUGGAACGAUGGAAUUCAUUGGUGUAAGUCAGCUGUCAUUUAUCCAUGAUCUAGGACCAAAGGGCAUAGAAGGUAUGAUCAUGAAACGAUCAGGAGGCCACAGAAUACCCGGUCUGAACUGCUGUGGGCAAGGAAGGGUCUGCUAUCGAUGGUCCAAAAGGUGGUUAGUAGUGAAAGACUCUUUCCUAAUGUAUAUGAAGACGGAUAGUGGAGCCAUUUCCUUUGUCCUGUUGGUAGAUCAAGAAUUCAGCAUCAAGAUUGGCAAGAAAGAGACUGAAACAGAAUAUGGGUUACGGAUUGACAAUCUCUCCAGGUCAUUGAUUUUGAAGUGCAACAGCUACAGACAUGCCCGAUGGUGGGGACAGGGAAUAGAAGAGUUCAUUCAGAAAAAUGGCAAAAACUUUCUAACACAUCACAGAUUCGGGUCAUAUGCAGCUAUACAGGAGAAUACUUUGGCAAAGUGGUAUGUAAAUGCAAAAGGGUAUUUUGAAGAUGUAGCAAAUGCCAUGGAGGCAGCGAAAGAAGAAAUUUUCAUCACAGAUUGGUGGUUGAGCCCAGAAAUCUUUAUGAAGCGACCCGUGGUGGAAGGAAAUCGCUGGAGACUAGACUGCAUUCUCAAGCGGAAAGCACAACAAGGAGUGAGAAUUUUUGUAAUGCUCUACAAAGAAGUGGAGCUUGCUCUAGGAAUCAACAGUGAAUACAGCAAGCGGACCCUAAUGCGUCUACAUCCGAACAUUAAGGUGAUGAGGCAUCCAGAUCACGUGUCAUCCUCAGUGUACCUGUGGGCUCAUCAUGAGAAGCUCGUUGUCAUUGACCAGUCUGUAGCAUUCGUUGGUGGCAUUGACUUGGCCUACGGGAGGUGGGAUGAUGAUGAACACAGGCUGACCGACGUUGGCAGUGUGAAACGAAUUGCAGGAACAAAGUCUACAUCGACAGUGAAUCUCAUACCUACAGCCGAGUCUACAGAAGCUUUAGCACUGAAAACUCAGCCCCUGGGGAACCUGCCUCAGCACAGAAAUAGUGAUGACAUACUAGAUUCUUCAAGAAUGAAAGGAAUAGGAAAACCCAAAAAGUUUUCCAGGUUCAGCAUUUAUAAGCAUCUCCAGAAGCACGGCCUACACCAUUCUGAUAGUGUGAGCAGUAUAGACGGUGAGUCAGAUAAAGGAUCAAUCCGCAGCUUGAAGACAGGUGUUGGAGAACUUUUUGGGGAGACCAGGUUCUGGCAUGGAAAGGACUAUUGCAAUUUCGUCUUUAAAGACUGGGUUCAACUUGACAAACCCUUUGCUGAUUUCAUUGACAGGUACACCACACCCAGAAUGCCAUGGCAUGAUAUUUCAUCCGUUGUGCAUGGCAAAGCUGCACGGGAUGUUGCUCGACACUUUAUUCAGCGUUGGAACUUCACAAAGAUCAUGAAGCCCAAAUACAGAUCCCUGUCCUACCCAUUCCUGUUGCCAAAAUCUCAGCAAACCGCCGGUGAGAUGAAGUAUCAAGUGCCCGAGUCUGUAUGUGCCAAUGUACAGGUCCUCCGUUCUGCUGCAGAUUGGUCAGCUGGUAUCAAGUACCAUGAAGAAUCCAUCCACAAUGCUUAUGUUAGCGUGAUAGAAAACAGUAAACACUACAUCUAUAUCGAAAACCAAUUUUUUAUUAGCUGUGCUGAUGACAAAGUCGUUUCUAACAAGAUUGGAGAUACCAUUGCUCGGAGGAUUCUUAAAGCACACAGGGACAACAAACGAUACCGAGUGUAUGUGGUGAUCCCGCUGUUGCCUGGAUUUGAAGGAGAUAUUUCAACUGGAGGUGGAAAUGCACUGCAAGCCAUAAUGCACUUCAACUACAGGACCAUGUGCAGAGGAGAUAAUUCUAUCCUGGGACAGUUGAAAGCAGAAAUUGGAGAUCAGUGGAUAAACUACAUAUCGUUCUGUGGGCUUCGAACCUACGCUGAGCUGGACGGAAAUCUUGUCACUGAACUCAUCUAUGUUCACAGCAAAUUGCUUAUAGCUGAUGACAACACUGUCAUCAUUGGCUCUGCUAACAUUAAUGACCGCAGCAUGCUGGGAAAACGCGACAGUGAAAUGGCUAUCAUUGUGCAAGACACCGAAACUGUCCCUUCAGUGAUGGAUGGAAAGGACUACAAAGCCGGACGAUUUGCCCAGUCACUCCGCCUCCGGUGUUUUAGGGUUGUUCUUGGUUGUUCAGCAGACCUCAGUGCUGAUCUUCAGGAUCCAGUCUCUGACAGAUUCUUCAAGGAGGUGUGGGUUGCAACAGCUGCCCGCAAUGCCACUAUUUUUGAUAAGGUGUUCCGAUGCCUUCCCAGUGAUGAGGUGACAAAUUUAGCCCAGCUGCGUGACUUCAUCGCCAAGUCAAAAUUGGUAACCCAAGAUGCUGCAAAAGCAGCAGAAGAAUUAAAGAAGAUUCACGGAUUUCUAGUGCAAUUCCCCUUUCAUUUCCUGUAUGAAGAAAACUUGCUGCCUUCUGUUGGAACAAAAGAAUCCAUGGUACCCAUGGAAGUUUGGACUUAGGGUGAUUUAGACUGCAUCAGAAUUUAAAGUCUGGUUCCUUGGAGACAGUUUGCAUACCGGAUGAUUUCAGGAAGCUUUGUAUUGCCAAGGUAGCCACCAAAAAGGUCUCCAUCAAUCUAAUGUGCCUUUCUUAAGGAUUUUGGUGGAACAGCUUCAGACAAAAUGACACUGUUAUGGGGAGGGAAAGAAAAUUUGGCACUGAUGAUCAUUGACAAGUUCUAUUAUUUGAAAAGGACAAUACUUCUUUACAAACAUAUUCUAAGCACCUUAAAGAUGCAGGCCACUCCUAUGAAGGGAGACAAAUCAUAAUGUAUAUUACUACUGCCAGCAUGAUCAUACAUGUACAGUGAUUGUGAUACCCAGGAGUUGUAGGCCCGUUUGUGCUUUCUAAAUCUUUGUAUGCUCGCAGUUUAUUACCUAGCUAGAUUUACCCACUUCCUCAUCUCUGUUUUGUAUCCCCUCAAGUAUUCCCUCACUGCUUACAUCUCCAUAAUGGUUGGGAAAUGUGACCUGAGGCCAACUCAGGUGUUCCUGUGAUCAUUGCCUAUUGAGCUUAGAUUUUACAUUGCAUAUAUGGCAAAGGACUAACACUCUUAUGUCAGAAUCAGUGGUGCUGUCUCUUCUCCUGGCCCCAGGGGAGACAUUGGUUUUUUCACUACAGCUACAGCAAUCAACAUUCCUCAUGCUCAGCAUGGCACCAUGUAGAUCUCCAUGAGGAGCAAUCUCUAAUGGAGAUUGAGGUGAUGAGAAUCUCUUGAAUUCUGUUUUUUCAGGGUUUGCAGAACUUGUUUGAGCUCAGCAACCCUUUUUCUUACUAUCUAAACUAUAAUUUUUUUCCCCAAGGGAGAAUCAGCUUUUUAACCCUACAUUUUUCUAGCUAAAGGAAAGCCUGCUGCUAUGUAUUAGGGAGACAAGGAUCCCAAAAGCUAGGUUGGCAAAGUGGGUCCUCUGGAUCACCGUGCUGUGGGUGUACACUGCAUUAAAUACGUAGAGCUUUCCUCUGCUUUCUUUUCCACUGUUUCACCUAUAAGGAACAAGAACCCAGUAACAGUUGAGUAAGAGUUGAAAUUUUGAGCUGAUGAUGUUCAUGGUUGAUCAAAAUCAUUCAUACUGAGUUUGAUCACCCUCCAGAGGCUAGUGGGGAGAUAGCACUGAACUUGUCAGUGCUGGGACCAGCUCCAGUAAUGGGAAGACAUGGUUUUGAACAGUCUCUGCAAGACAGAAAUGUGACUCCAUGUCAGCCCAAGGACUGAUAAACUCAGUCAGCAUGAUCAGUCUUUUUGCUUUCCAUUUACUAAUACGAGUGGCACAAUUAAUAAGAAACUCAUAACACUGGGUUCCUAGCUGGAUAGAGUGAAAAGCUGAGGCCUUGGCUACACUGGCGCUCUACGGCGCUGCAACUUCUUGCUCAGGGGUAUGAAAAAACACACCCCUGAGCGCAGCAAGUUGCAGCGCUGUAAAGCGCCAGUGUAAACAGUGCCCCAGCGGUGGGAGCGUGGCUCCCAGCGCUGUAAGCUAAUCCCCUUGGGGAGGUGGAGUACCUGCAGCGCUGGGAGAGCUCUCUCCCAGCGCUGGCGCCGUGACCACACUCGCACUUCAAACCGCUGCUGCGGGAGCACUCUGCAGCAGCGCUUUGGAGUUUCGAGCGUAGCCAAGCCCUGAGACGUCCCAUCUCUGAAUGCAGAAUGUUAAUUGAUUCAGUGGGAGUGCCAUUCACCAAGCAAGGGCCAAAUGUGGCCCAUAAUCUGUGCUCCGGUAAAAACCCUCACUAUUCCUUACGUGUAAGGCUUACGAACUUUCAUUGCUAUUUUUAUUUUUGCUAAAAAAUUCCAAUUGUUAUAAGUAAAUUUUUCCUUAAAAAAAAAAGACGUUUGACAGGCUUCCAACAUGCAUUCAUUAGUUUAUAAAACAAAAAUCAUGACCCCCUUUUGAAAGAUAUGUGCCAACUGUGUUUUGGGCAUAUCUUACAUUUAAGCUGAUUGCUCUAUAUAUUUUAAGAAAUGUAAUUGGGCAUAGAGUCAUUUUCCAACACUACAUCACAUUAAUAAGUAGCAAACACUAACAUUCCUCAAGGGCAGCCCAAGUCCUAGCUAGUUGCUAUGUUUCAUGUUACUUCGUGCUCAUAUUUUAUAGAUGCAAUUAAUUAGUGAUAUGGACAGGACUCACAACCAUUCCUUAUACUCGGUGAACUGGUGGUCUAUUUAAUCUGUCAAUAGUGCAUGCACAGCUUUUGUGAAGUAAACUGCAAUGUGUUUAUGGGUACUGUGAUUUCAUGUAGUGCACUGCUGAUAACUAGGUUCCCUCAAGAUUUGUUGGGCAUUGUUAUUUAAAAUCAUAUUGGUUGUUUAAAAUGAGACACCGGGUUGACCUGCCAGCUCCUUUGCUAGAGAAAUAUGCUAUUAGAUAACCACUGCAAAGCCAGGAAACUAAAACAUCAAAAUACUUUUGCUUUUAACACUAACCUAACACUUUUAAUUUCAUGCUAAAAACUGUUGGCCAUUUUUAGUUUGAACAAAACUGCCAGUAUGAAAUGAUUAUAACCUGCCAUAUAUUACCAAUAAACCACACAAAUACAGAGUCAUAGUUGAAAGAGGCCCAAACCAGAACAGCAUAUUCAUUCACACCAGACCUACAACCAAACCUAAAGAAGCAUAUAAUGCUCCUAUCAUCUUCUAUCUAUCUAGAUGCUCAUAUGGCUCCUAUUACCAUAGUACCUGAGCAUCUCAUGAUCAUUACUGAAUCCUUACAGCACCUCUUUGAAGUGGUAUUGAAACUUUGUGGCUUCAUAGGUAACAUGACCCAUCUUGUACCCCAGAUUGUCUUUCCAAAACUGCAAUGCAACUGACAUGCAAAACCCAAACCAUGAGGUGUUUGCCCAUCUCAGAUGAUGUUAGGGGUCUGAUGUCAACCCAUACAGCCCAGGAAUUUUGAAUUAGUAUUGAAACACCAUUCUUAAUCCACCCCCUUUGUACUAUACAUUGGCUUUGCAGCAUAUAAAAUACCUCAUUACUUGAAGAUCUUGCCACUGCCUGAAAACAGGGUGGAUUCACCCUUGCGCAUAGAGUUAGUACAGGAUCUAUGCAGCCUUUUAAAUAAGGCUUAAAUAGAAUUAAAGUAAUGUAUAGGCAUUGCACUGGCUCUCUGCACAGGAGUGAAUUCUGCUCCGUGUGAAAGGAUAGGUUAAGAAAUUCUUCAUUUUGAAUUUCCCUGAUUUUGUUGGUUGCCAGACUCUUGAUGUUAACUGAACACCUUUAUUUUAUUUUCCUUUAUGGAUGGAGGGAACAGAAAGAUAUAUUAAGAAGAAGAAAGCCAAGACAAAACUGUGCCGUUCCCCAUACUCUGGGGAACUGAUGCAUCUUGAAAUUCAAUAUUUUUCAAUGGAGUCGUUCAAAUGUUGCCAAGAUUCUGGAAUCCUCUUACCCUCUUAGGCCCCGAUUCUGCAAGCUGCUUAGUAUGGAUGGACACCUAUGUCCAUUAAUAGUUCCAUUGACUUCAGUGAAGCUUCACCCUACCAGGCCAGGGUUCACACAUGCAGAACAACUUGCAGAAUCAAGGUACAUUACAGUACACAGGUCUACGAGUAGUCACAAGAGGAAGCAUUCUGCUCUGUAGCCUUUACAGUGCAAUAUAUUCCCUCACAUCAUUCUUCAUACAUAUUCACAGCCUACACAGAAGUUGGUGUCUUUUGUGAACGUCUGUUAAUUAGACUUUUCUUUCACAUGCUAUGAGGCUACAGCAGGGGUGCUGUUUAACACCUGGUCUCUGCACAUAAACAGUCACCACACUCUUUAGUCCUUAAUACGCUGGUGGUUUUACUUUUACUUUGAAUACCCAAAGCAAAUCAUGACGUAAUCAUUUGCAAAUGUACGGUACUGUAAGCAGUGAUGCUGUUUUUAGUCAUAGUAGUUCCUGAAAUGUGUGAAUUGUUUUUGUGGCUUUUAUUUUUAAAAAAUUGUUUAAAAAAGAAAAGAGGAAAAAUCUCCUCCUGACUCAGAUUGUAUGUUUUAUGAUUCAACUUGGAUGGAAGAUUUAUGGUGGCUAUUCCUAAUCAGGUGCCAGUACGAGAAUUCAACGUCACUUCUUACCAUGCCUGUGUAUAUUUUAAAGUAACAGGAUAUUUUAAUGUAUGUUUUGUUGUAUAGAUGCAGGAUUGGACUUACUUUUUAGCACUGAAAAUGAUGCAAAAAACAAACAAACAUGAAAAAUAAGAUUUUGUAACCUAAGCACUUGAUUAUUAAAAUAAUUUGUACCAAAAAAGCCACCCAUUGCUAUGCAGGAGAUCCCGGGCCUUUGGCUCAGCUUCUGGGCUUGUAGUCCCCAAACCAGCUGACGCUGAGCGUGCUGAAGGGCAGCACACUUAAGGUAUGUCUACACUGCAGAUGGGAGCAAAGCUUCCAACCCGGCAGACAGACUCACGCUAGUGGGCUCAAGCUAAGCUGUGGACGUUGCAGCUCAGGACGAAGAUUGGGUUCUCAAGUCUCCCUAGGCUUGAUAGCCCAUGCCACAAAGUUCAUGCU